CCUCACCAUUGAUUGUUUUACCUUGCCCAUGAUAUCUCAGUAAUACGCAUGAGCCGUUCUCGUCCUCUUCUCACAGGCUCGAUUAUUUGAUUGUUUUUAUGAUCAAUAAAGUUGCCGUUUUCAUCUUCACUCAGCAAGCCUCCAUUUCUAACCUAAUCUAACCCCUCCGUUACAUUCCAUCCUCAUCUAACUUGAACAUCUCGCCAAACUCCAACCCCUAACAUCAAAAUCGUGGUUCGCCCGUCUUAAACCCUCUCCCUGAUUCACCUUCACGCACUUAUAUAUGCCUCAUCUUCCCCCAGUCACUCCCAUUCCAACCCCCGCCUCAAUCUUCUCCCCGGCCCCGAUCAUGACACCGGCGAUCCAAGUACCCACUCCCUCCGGCCCACGGAAUGGCCCCGAUAUUCCCGGCGCCGGCAAGUUCAAGGUCCCUAAGCUACGCCUUGAGUGUCGCGACCUCUCUCACCCCGGGGCUGCGGUCUUUCUUAGCUCUGUCAAUGCCGCGGAAUGCCUCGCCAAGGCGGCCCAGCAUGUACUGGCGCUUCUGUACGAAUCGCCCACGUGUCCUACCACAACAAUUCCGACGACACGAUCUGUGACGGUGAUCCUGCGUAGCAUGUCAGGUGUAGCUUACACGACUGGCUCUGACCUGGACAGCGACCAUAAGGAGAUUCACUUCUCAGUCGAGUAUAUUGCCAACAUCCACCCCAUAUCUCGUCGUACAGAAGAAAUCAACGGUGUGCUCACUCAUGAGCUCGUUCACUGCCUUCAGUACAACGGCCAUGGAACUUGUCCAGGCGGUCUGAUUGAAGGCAUCGCAGACUGGGUGCGACUUCACUGCCUUCUCAGUCCUCCUCACUGGAAACGCGACAGCAAUGGAAAGUGGGACGCUGGCUAUCAGCAAACGGCCUAUUUCCUGGACUACUUGGAGGAGCGGUUUGGAAAGGGAACUAUUCGCCGCCUGAAUGAGAAGUUACGGAUUCAGAGAUAUGAAGAGAAGCCGUUCUGGACCGAACUGGUUGGGCGGCCGGUUGAGCAACUUUGGGGCGAUUACAAAGAGAAGCUUGAGUCGUAGUAUAUAUACAGAUACACAUUGAAUAUAGGCGUCGACAAUGAUUCACGGAUGCAUAUAAGGCGUUCACCUACGAUAGCAAGCAGAGUUAGAUAAGUCGAUAGAUUUUGUUAAAGAAACGAGAUUAGCCA